AUAAUGCCUUUGUAUCCUAGCUGAUUAGUCUCAUACUCUCUCAUUAAGGACUUUGAAGUUGCCUUCCUUUGGUGUUCAGAUGAAGAAAAAGAAGAUUCGGUAUAGAUUACUGUUAUCUUGAGUGGGUUAUGUCACCUUAUGUUUUCCUCUGCACCUCAGCUGAACUACUGGAAUCCACUCUGAAGCUGUUCUCUUCUGCUGCAGAUUAUGGUCUCUUCCAGAAUCGAAUCUGUCAGACUUGGAAGCACAAAGAAUAUGGUACCUUGUGCAAAGAUGUCACAUGCAGUGCCAUUUAUCUUGCUCUUCAUAUUCCCAAUGCUGCUGUCAGGGGCUUGGUUUCCCAAAACGUUACCCUGUGAUGUUCAAUCUUCAGAAGGUACUGUGGCAGUGGACUGCACUGACCGGCGCCUUACAGAAGUCCCCAGAGGGAUCCCUGGAAACGCUACCAACCUUACCCUGAGCAUUAACAAUAUUCCCCACAUCUACCCAACAACCUUCAAGCAUCUUGAAAGCCUCGAGGAGAUUGACUUCAGAUGCAACUGUGUGCCUGUCAAACUGGGGCCCAAAGAUCAUGUGUGCACCAGCCCGCUGAAGAUUGAGAACGGCAGUUUUGCUGCCCUGGCCAGUUUGAGGUCAUUGUAUUUGGAUGCAAACCAGCUGGCAGAAGUACCCCGAGGUCUUCCUGCCACUUUAAGCCUGCUAAGCCUGGAAGCAAACCAUAUCUUUUCUAUCCAAGAAGCCAGUUUCUCAGAGCUAGGCAACAUAGAGGUGUUGUACCUUGGACAGAACUGUUACUACCGCAAUCCAUGCAAUGUUUCAUUUGAAAUUGAGAAAACAGCCUUUCUGGGGCUGAAGAAGUUGACAAUACUAUCCCUGAAGUCUGACAACUUAACACAAAUUCCACCCAAUUUGUCGUCUACGUUAAGGGAAUUGUAUAUUUACAACAACAUGAUUCAAGAGAUUCAAGAACAGGAUUUAAGUGGCCUUCCCAACCUAGAAAUUCUCGACCUAAGUGGCAAUUGCCCACGUUGCUAUAAUGCCCCAUAUCCUUGCAUUCCCUGUCCCAAGAGCUCAAUUCAGAUUCAUUCAAAGGCUUUUGACUCCUUGGAAAAUUUAAGAAUUUUGCGGCUUAACAGUAACUCUCUUCAGAGCAUACCCAGCAGUUGGUUUAAAAACAUGAAGAGUCUGCAAGAACUUGACCUCUCCCAAAAUUUCCUGAUGAGGGAGAUUGGAGACGCUCAGUUUUUGACAUUUAUCCCCAGCCUUGUGCAGCUUGAUCUGUCCUUUAACUUUGAACUGAAGGUGUAUUCUCCCUUCUUGAAUCUUUCUAAGACAUUUUCUUCCCUCUCUAACCUGGAAACCCUGGGGCUCAAGGGUUAUGUCUUUAGAGAAUUGAGAGCACGAGAUCUACGUCCACUGUUCAAUCUUAGGAAUCUAACCAUGUUGGAUCUUGGGACUAAUUUUAUUAAAGUUGCAAACCUGACAGUGUUUGAAGAAUUCCCAGCUCUUAAAUUCAUUGAUCUCUCAGUGAAUAAAAUUUCUCCUUCUUCAGGGGAAAGCAACUUCCAUGGAUUUUGCUCUAGCCCUGGCAUUUCAGAGCGGUACAAUAGGCAAGUACAACAAGAGAUGCAUUAUUUCAGGUAUGAUGUGUAUGAGCGAAGCUGCCGUUCCAAAGACAAAGAGGCUUCUUCCUACAAACCUUUAGUUAAGGAAGAUUGUCUUAACUAUGGAAAAACUCUGGAUUUAAGCAGAAACAAUGUAUUUUUUGUUAAUCCCUCAGACUUCCAGGGAUUUAGCUCCCUCAAAUGUCUCAACUUGUCAGAUAACGCAAUAAGUCAGACUUUAAAUGGAAGUGAAUUCUCAUACUUGUCUGGAUUGAAAUAUCUGGAUUUUUCUAACAACAGGGUUGAUUUGCUAUACCAAACUGCUUUCAAAGAACUAAAAUAUUUAGAAAUUCUCGAUCUGAGCAAUAACAAAUAUUAUUUUCUGGCAGAAGGUGUUUCUCACGUGCUAAGUUUUAUGAAAAACUUAGCCCAUUUGAGGAAGCUGAUGAUGAAUGAGAAUGAAAUCUCUACCACUAUUGAUACAGGAAUGGAAAGUAAGUCUCUUCGAAUUUUAGAAUUCAGAGGAAAUCACUUAGAUGCGUUAUGGAUGGAUGGCAAUGCUAGAUACUUAUCCUUCUUCGAGAAUCUAACCAGCCUGGAAGAACUGGAUAUUUCCUUCAACUCACUCAGUUUUUUGCCUCACGGUGUUUUUGAAAAAAUGCCUCCCAGCCUCAGGAUCCUCAACUUAACCAAUAAUCAACUGAAGAGUUUCAUCUGGGGAAACCUCCCCUCUCUGAGAAACCUAGUAACACUGGACCUGAGCAAUAACCUCCUGACUUAUGUUCCCCGGGAACUGUCGAAUUGCACUUCAUCUCUCCAGCAACUGAUGCUCCGAAACAAUCGCAUUCAGCGGUUAACCAAAUAUUUUCUCAGAGGUGCUUUUCAACUGAGGUACUUGGACCUGAGCUCAAACAAGAUUGAAGUAAUUAAGAGAUCUAGCUUCCCUGAAAAUGUCAUUAACAACCUGAAGAUGCUGCUCUUGCAUGGCAAUCCUUUCAAGUGCAACUGUGAGGCUGUGUGGUUUGUCUGGUGGAUCAAUCGGACGCAGGUGACCAUUCCUCUUCUGGCCACAGACGUGACCUGUGCUGGCCCGGGGGCACAUAAGGGAAGGAGCGUGGUUUUCCUGGAUCUGUACACCUGUGAGCUGGACACGUCCUAUUUGGUCCUGUACGCUCUGUCAGCUUCAGCUGUCCUGGCCUUGAUGGUGUUCACAGUGAUGAGCCACCUCUACUUCUGGGACGUGUGGUACAGCUACCAUUACUGCACUGCCAAGCUCAAGGGCUAUCGGCGCCUGUCUUCACCAGACGCUUGCUACGACGCCUUUGUUGCCUAUGACAGUGAAGAUGCAGCUGUGAACGAGUGGGUGCUGCAAGAACUGGUGGAAAGGCUGGAAAACCAAAAAGCUAGGCAGUUCAAUUUAUGCCUGGAAGGAAGGGACUGGCUCCCAGGACAGCCAGUCUUUGACAACCUUUCCCAGAGCAUUCAGCUGAGCAAAAAAACCAUAUUUGUGCUGACCCAGAGGUAUAUAAAAAGUGGCCGCUUCAAGACAACAUUUUAUAUGGCUCAUCAGCGGCUUCUAGAUGAGAAAAUGGAUGUCAUUAUCUUGGUAUUUCUUGAGAAGGUUUUGCAGAAGUCCCGCUAUGUGCGUCUGAGGAAGAGGCUGUGCAGAAGUUCAGUCCUGGAAUGGCCAACUAAUCCUCAGUCUCAGCCCUACUUCUGGCAGUGCCUGAAAAAUGCCAUAGCUACCAGCAAUUCUCUGGCUUACAACAAGCUUCUCAAAGAAACUGUUUAGCUCUACUCUCCCUGUAAAUAUUGUUAUGAUGCAUAGCAUCAAAAGAUCCUGAACAAAGAAUUCUGAACUUCAUUUACAGAAACUCUCAACGCAUGUAAGACAUGCGUCUGUGAUGGUAUACCCUAAAAUGAAAGGCACAAUGACUUCAAAAUCCAAUAAUUUGCUUGUGCUCUGACAAGUUUGAAUAGAAACUGUUGCCUCAACCAAUGUUUAGUUGACAUGCACCUUGCUUAGCACUGCACAGCAAGGGAAGAUGCUGAAUUGAGAAGGUAUGUGAGAUCAGGUUCUGUAGGGCUAUGGGUUGCAGGCUGCUGUAUGAAAGCAGGGAGGGGGAGCAGGACAGCAGAGAGGCAAAGGAAUAGUGACAAGGCAGGUGGAGAAAAUCAAGUAAACCAAGAAGGAAGUGAGAGUAGACAAAGAAAGGAAGGUAAAAGGAAAAAAAGGGAAAGUGGAAAAGGUGGUAAGAAAGGAGGAACAUGCUGGUAUACUAGAGCAUGGCAGAAGUUCAGAAGCAUUUAGUGCUAAUUUCCAAAUCAAUUUUUCACUUUGCCUUUCAUCUGCCUCCUUGGCUGUUGGCUGAGCUGGCUCCUCCCUGAAGAUUUUAGGGCUUCUGUCUUAUGUUGUGCUAUUAGUUUGAGGACCUUUUCCAUCUGAGCCCUGAGUAUCAGGGCUGUAUCAGCUGGGUGUUAGCUGCUCUAGCCAGGGCUGGGGCUGAGGACAUACUACCUGUUCCCAAGAAGAAAAUUUAUACAGAAUUUUUUAGUGCAAAGCAUGUAAGAUCAGGUCACACAAAGAAAGCAUUCUUCCCGCUGUUUCUUCAGCUGUGCUGUGGUUCUCCAGAGCAGCCUUAAGCCCUCCUUCAUCUCCUUGUUCCCUAGGCAAGUCCCUCUCCCACAGCAGCUAAUGGGUCACUAUUAAACACUUGAGAUAGUAAUGGGUCUGACUUUAGGGACAUCCUGGAAAAGUAAAGAAACAUAAACCUGUCCUGUUCCGCACUCUCUUUCAAGGUACAGACUCAUUGAACACAUGAGACUAUUUCAAGUGAAACCUUUUGCACUGGCAGCCUAAACCUCUGAGUAUGACAUAGGCAGGUUUGAUGAUGUCUGUUUUGGGAGAAGCAGCACAUUUUCAUCUUGCUGGGUUCUUCUUUCUGCAGCAAUCUGGGCAGCUUCUCCCCUCUUGCUCAAAGCCCUUUUUCUUUUCUGGCAACUAGUCCUGGUGACUUCUCUGGCUGAUGUUGUCACUGUUAACUGCUUUAAACUUAUUUCAGAUGCCACCUGCAUUUCCUCACCCAAGUGUUCUGUCUGGUCCUUUUUUUUCAGCAAAAAGAAAGAAAAGCUUAAUAUAAUAAUGCCACAGAUAAGAAGGGUUUUCCCCUCUCAGCUUUUCAUGACAUUUUUAUUGAUUGAAUACAGAAGUUGGAAAAAGAUGAGGACCUCUUUAAAAACUUGGAGUUUUACAGUUAUAUUUUAAUAAUGUGUAUUUCUGGUGGUUUUGUUUGUAAGCCUAAACAGUCUGUAUCUCUAACUAUGAUUACAUCAGCUGUAAUGUGACUCUCUCCAUAAAGUAUUACUUGAAACA